AUGCAAAACUCUCAAUUUUCUUUUACAUGUUUGCUCUCCAAUAUAAUCCACAAUGUUGAGUUUCCUAUUUUAAUUCUCCUUUUAAAAUGUAUUCUUUUGCCUCUCCAGGACGUCUACAAAAUUGGUGGUAUUGGCACUGUCCCUGUGGGCCGAGUGGAGACUGGUGUUCUUAAACCUGGCAUGGUGGUCACCUUUGCUCCAGUCAAUGUUACAACUGAAGUCAAGUCUGUUGAAAUGCACCAUGAAGCUUUGAGUGAGGCUCUUCCUGGGGACAAUGUGGGCUUCAAUGUCAAGAACGUAUCUGUCAAAGAUGUUCGUCGUGGCAAUGUGGCUGGUGACAGCAAAAAUGACCCACCAAUGGAAGCAGCUGGCUUCACAGCUCAGGUGAUUAUCCUGAACCAUCCAGGCCAAAUUAGUGCUGGAUAUGCACCUGUGCUGGAUUGUCACACAGCUCACAUUGCUUGCAAGUUUGCUGAGCUGAAGGAGAAGAUAGAUCGUCGUUCUGGAAAAAAGCUGGAAGAUGGUCCCAAGUUCUUGAAAUCUGGUGACGCUGCCAUUGUUGAUAUGGUUCCUGGCAAGCCUAUGUGUGUUGAGAGCUUCUCUGACUAUCCUCCUCUGGGCCGUUUUGCUGUUCGUGACAUGAGACAGACGGUUGCUGUGGGUGUCAUCAAAGCAGUAGACAAGAAGGCAGCUGGAGCUGGCAAGGUCACCAAGUCUGCCCAGAAAGCUCAGAAGGCUAAAUGAAUAUUAUCCCCAAUACCUGCCACCCCAGUCUUAAUCAGUGGUGGAAGAACGGUCUCAGAACUGUUUGUGUCAAUUGGCCAUUUAAGUUUAAUAGUAAAAGACUGGUUAAUGAUAACAAUGCAUCGUAAAACCUUCAGAAGGAAAGGAGAA